UGAUGCUCUCACUCGGGUCCAGUCUGAUGCUCUCACUCGGGUCCUCUCACCUCUGCGUACAUGUGAUUACUUCUUAUUUAUUUAUUUGCUUAUUUUUUUUUUUGUCUUCAACUUUUUUUACCCCCAUUAUCCUGCUGUGCUCUUCCUAAAUUGGCCACAGAAUGUUAAUUACAAAGAUCGAAGCCAAGCAGGCCUGUGAUUGGCUCAGAGCGGCCGGCUUCCCCCAGUAUGCGCAGCUCUUCAAAGAGUGCCGCUUCCCUGUCGACUUAGACUGGGCCAAGAAUGACCACGCCUUCCUGGAUCAGGAUGCGAUGGAUUCCCUCUGCAGGAGGCUGAUUACCUUAAACAAAUGUGUGGAGAUGAAUCAGGAGAUGGGCCGGGGGAAGAGAUGGAAUGAGGACUCUGAGGAGGAAGAGCCAUGUGCCAUCAGCACCAAAUGGACCUUCAACCGCAAGGACGGCUCGUGGGUCCGUCAGGAUGACCUGACCUUCCUCCCCUGCUUGGGACCGCUGCGGGCUCGCGAGGCCUCUCUGGACGAUGAGGAAGAUGGCGAGACGCAGGAGGCCUGUUCCACUCGGAGCUCCAGCAGCCUCGACAGCGAGGGACCCGCCGGAUUCAAGAUGGCCGAAGAGGCGUGUCCCAGCCGUAGCUCCUCCUCCUCCUCCUGCGCUAAGCCCGCCUCCCCCUCCCCCCCCCCCUCCCCCCUCAGCUGCCUCUCUCAGAAGCCCCCGCGUAAGAAGGGCCCCAGCAUCCUGCGCAAGAUGGAGCGGCUACGUCACCGAGGCCCCGCCCCCGACCCCGCCCCCUCCGCCGGGUCAGUCAGGAAGCGGAGCCGCAGCCUGGGCCGGUCCAAGCUGCUGAUCAGCGGCCCGCUUCUCCAGGAGGGCCCGGUACAGGAGCGGCUCCGAGAGCUGAACUGUCUGGACAUUGCGGAGCUCCAGGGUAAAGCGCCGAGCCCCGGUGCCACCUCCUCCUGCUCCUCCUCCUCCUCCUCCUCCUCCUCCUCCUCCUCAGGGUCCAGCAGGGCUUCAGAGAGCGGGAGUGCCGCCAGCACCCCAAGCCCCGUGACACGCGUGCGGGGGAACGUCAAGCGGAACCGGCCCUGGAACCAGACCCAGGACCAAGCGCAGAACCAGAACCAGAACCACGGCCAGGAUCUUAAGGAGUCCGAGAGCAAGAGCAGCGAGCAGGACCUCAACAACCAGCGGAACCGGCAGCACCAGACACUCUUCCGCAUCCCCGUGGGCUACAAGCCGGGCACCUUCCCCGCCGCGCUGACCCAGGGUCUCGCUCCGCUCUGUCCCGUCCACCACACCGCCGUCAACUGGAGGACUGGCAGUUUCCACGGCUACCACCACCGCCGUUGCCGUGGCGGCGAGAGCUCCUCCUGCAGCCCCCUGGCAGCCGCCGACCACCGCGCCAGUAUCUACGACAACGUGCCGGACGCUCCGCACUGCGAGGCUGAGCCGCGAGCGUCCACUCUCGACGAGGACAUGUUCCGGGCGUCCACUCUCGACGAGGACAUGUUCCAGGCGCUGGACGGUGUGAUGGAGCGCAUCAACGGCCUGCAGCAGCUGGUGGCCACCUGGGCCGAGGAGCUGUCCGACCACGACGGCGGAGACUCGGACUUCAGCAACCGCUCCAGCUCGCCCUCCCUCAGCGACGUCCACCUGGAGGUCAACGGGCCAGACGAGGCAGAGGAGAGGGACGCCGAGGAGUCCAGCGCGCCGCCUGCACAUCAGCAGCAGCUCCAGUGGUGGAGCGCGGAGCAGGCCCUGGUGUCAUCGUUAAGUCCAGGCUCGGGGCUGGAUGUCCAGUCAGCGCCCCAGAUGAACCGACUGCAGCGGCUCUCUCUGCUCCAGCUCACUGGCCUCAUGGACCGCCUGUCCCCCACCUGCAAGCAGGGCUGGAUCUGGACGGGCCCGGGUCUGUGCAGACCCCUGAAGAAGCAUCAUCACCGGAACCGGAAGGUGUUUGGGGUCCCCCUGCUGCAGAGCGUCCAGGCGUCCGGUACUCCACUGCCCCCCUGCAUCCUCAGGGCCAUGCAGCACCUGAAGACCCAGUGCCUCAACCAGGUUGGACUCUUCCGGAAGCCUGGUGUGAGGUCACGCAUCCAGAGCCUCCGGGAGAUGGUGGAGGCCGACCCAGAAGGAAUCUCCUUCGAGAGCCAAUCAGCUUUUGACGUGGCAGACAUGGUGAAGCAAUACUUCCGAGACCUUCCAGAACCUGUGUUCACUGAGAAACUCAACGAGUCCUUUCUCCACAUCUACCAGUACUUCCCCAAGGACCAGCAGUUUGCGGCCGUCAGGGCGGCCAUCUUCCUCCUGCCGGACGAGAACCGAGAGGCGCUGCACUCUCUGCUCCUGUUCCUCAGGGAGGUGGCCGCCAGCCGGGACGAGAACCAGAUGAGCCCCACCAACAUCGCCGUGUGCCUGGCCCCCUCACUCUUCCACCUGUCCAUGCCCCGCACCGCCAGACACGGACGCACACGGAAACACAGCCUGGUGAAGCCUGACCAGAGAGACCUGAGUGAAAGCCUGGCAGCCACACAGGGACUGGCACAUAUGCUGAUGGAGGCCCCUCGCCUCUUCCAGCUGCCCGGGUCCAGCCUGCAGGUGGAAACCAGCUCUGAGCAAAACCAGGAGCAGAACCAGGAGCAAGACGAGGGGGAGGCGUGUGCCCGUCUGCGGAAGUCUGCCCACGGGCUCAUCUCAGAGACCAAGGAGAAGACCAAAGGCUGGACAAGCUGCCCCAGCGUCCACCAGCACGUCCACCUGGCCUACAAGAAGGUGGAGGAUGGGCAGGCUCUGCGUCUGUGGCGGGGCAGUGUGGAGGUGGACGCUCCCCAGCAGGUGGCGCUGCAGCGUGUGCAGAGGGAGCAUGAGGCCUGGUCUGGCGAGGAGCCUCUCCUGGACACGCGGGUGCUCCAGACCCUGGACACGGACGCAGAGGUGUACGCAUACACACUACAGGGAGCCGGCAGCAGACCCCCUCUACAGCACGUCUUACUCAGAACGUGGCAGUCGGAGCCCUCGGCGGGCCCUCUCUACGUGGCGUCCACGUCAGUGGAGCAUCCGGACGCUCCACAGCAGGGCCCCAGGGCUCAGGUGCACACCUGCCUCUACCUGGUCGAGCCCCUCGGGGUCAAGAGGUCGCGAGUGACGCACUUCUGCAGAACAGACACCAGGGGCAGAUCGUCCGAGUGGCACAAUAAGGUGUGUGGGCACCAGCUGGCAGCCUGCCUGCAGAGGCUCAGGGACUCCUUCAGGGCCAAGGCCAGAGAUGGACACCUCUGACCACAACACACACACACACACACACACACCAGAGAUGGACGCCUCUGACCAUGACUGACGCACACACACACACACACACACACACACCACACCUGCCAGAGAUGGACGCCUCUGACAACCACCCACACACACACACACCACAAAGGCCAGAGAUGGAUGCCUCUGACCCCGACCCGCAAAUAUACACACACACACACACACAGGCCAGAGAUGUACGCCUCUGACCCCCCCCCCCCACUCACACACACACACAUACCACACAGGCCAGAAAUGGACACCUCUGACCACGACCCGCAAAUAUACAGACACACACAUACUGAAGGACUGUCAAUAAUAUACUUCAAGGCCAAGGCAAGAGAUGAACGCCUUUGACCAUGACCCCCCCCUGCCCCGGACACACACACACACACAAAGAGACAUUGUUUGAGCAGAGAGCAGAGUUCCCAGGACCUGUUUGGAGUUUAUGCUGAUUCUGCACCUGCUUCAGGAGAACCCUGCCACAUUCCAUAACCAUCAGGGAACCCACACCAGGAACCGCUACAAAGAACCAUCUGGGGGAGAGAGAACCAUCUGAGAGAACCAUCUGGGGGAACUGUCAGGAGACUGUCACAGAAAGUCCUCUCCCAUUCUAAAGACUGCUUUGUGAUCUAGAACGUCCAGAACGUCCUCUCCCACUCUAAAGACUGCUUUGUGAUCUAGAACGUCCAGAACGUCCUCUCCCAUUCUAAAGACUGCUUUGUGAUCUACGAGAAACAUUUCAAAAGAAUUUAAAAAAGGAACUAUGAAGAGCCCUAUAUACAUAUCUAUACAUCUUCUUUAAAUGAAAAGUUUAUGUGUCACAUUACAUAUUUUUAUAGUAAUAUAUCUUAUCAGUAUCUUUCAGUUUUGAGUCAUAAUAGUCUGAAUUACAGAAUGUUUUGAAAUAGUUUUAUAUUCAUAACAGUGACAAAUGAGAGAGUAAAAUAAUUUUAUAUGACUGCAUGAGUCAAUGUUGGAAACAAAAUCACUACAAUAAAUUAUAAUACACAUUA